UAACAAUAGUGCUCCGUCGAUUUUUUGGCGCCCUUGGAAGAUGGUGGUGGUGGUGGUUUAUUUUUCCCCGGGCUUUUAAAUUAAGUCCCGCUUUCCUUAUUCGAGGAGCACCGUGCGUUUUUCUCCCUGGAUCCUUCUUAUUUGUACUGUGCCCGCCCCCCUCCGUAGUUUCAAGCUACCGGAGCGUUUGAGCGUGUAAUUUCUCCUUUCCCUCAAUUCAAUACUCGCGGUUCAACCUCGGUGUUCAGUCCUGUCAUGGCUCUUGUAGCUGGUGUCAUCCGUCGGCUAGAUGAGAAAGUAGUGAACCGCAUCGCAGCCGGAGAGGUCAUCCAGCGACCCGCUAAUGCCAUUAAAGAGAUGAUCGAGAACUGUUUAGAUGCUAAAGCCACCAACAUCCAGCUGACAAUUAAAGAUGGUGGUUUGAAACUUAUUCAGGUACAAGAUAACGGUUCUGGAAUUAGGAAGGAAGACUUGGAUAUUGUGUGUGAAAGAUUCACUACAAGUAAACUGCAAACUUUUGAUGAUCUAGCUAGUAUUUCUACAUAUGGAUUUAGAGGUGAGGCGUUGGCUAGUAUAAGUCAUAUUGCUCAUAUUACUAUAACUUCUAAAACAGCUGAUGGAAAAUGUGCCUACAGGGCAAAUUACUCUGAUGGAAAACUGAAGAGCAUUCCAAAACCUUGUGCAGGAAACCAAGGAACUCAGAUCAUAGUUGAAGAUUUAUUUUACAAUAUAGCCACCAGGAGAAAAGCUUUUAAAAAUUAUUGUGAAGAAUAUACAAAAAUACUGGAUGUUGUCAGCAGGUAUGCCAUUCACAACUCUGGCAUCAGUUUUUCUGUUAAAAAGCAAAGCGAGACAGUUGCAGAUAUAAGAACACUGUCAAGUAAUACAGCUAUCGACAAUAUUCGGUCUGUCUUUGGAAAUGCUGUUAGCAGAGAAUUGAUUGAAGUGGGCUGUGAAGAUGCAACAUUGGCUUUUAAAAUGAAAGGUUUGGUAACGAAUGCAAAUUAUUCUAUGAAGAAGUGCAUCUUUUUACUUUUUGUAAAUCAUAGGUUGAUCAAAUCAACUGCCUUGCGCAGAGCAAUAGAGACUAUAUGCUGCUUAUUACCCAAAAGCAUGUAUCCAUUUUUAUAUAUAAGUCUUGAGAUUGCACCUCCGAAUGUGGAUGUGAAUGUGCAUCCUACAAAGCAUGAAGUACAUUUCCUCCAUGAAGACAGCAUCCUGGAGCGUGUACAACAACAUAUAGAGAGCAAAUUGUUAGAUUCCAAUUCAUCAAGGAUGUAUUUCACUCAAACAUUAUUACCAGCCAUUACCGUCCCUUCCACUGAAGUUGUUAAAUCAGCGAAAUCUUCAGCUAUUCAAGGAAGUGAGCAGAUUUAUGCUUGCCAGAUGAUCCGUACUGACUCAAGGGACCAAAAAUUGGAUGCUUUUCUUCAACCAGUUAAUAAAACUAAGAAUGCAGAGCUUGUUGUGGUAGAACCGGAGGACAAUAGCAACAUGCAAUGUUGCAAGACUAUUGGAGUACAAGAUGUUGAAAUGGAAGAAUGUGAUUUGAGUACAAGUGCUUCAAGAGCUGAAGAGACUCUGACAGGAUCAAUGAAGAGCCAAUCAAUGCCAAUUGAAGAAGUAUCUGAAAGAAAGAGGCAGCGAACAGAUCAUAGUCUUGAAAUGGAAAAAAAUCCACAAAAGGAAAUGGAUGCUGUUUCCACUCCAAGAAGAAGAAUUAUUAAUCUAACCAGUGUAUUGACUCUUCAAGAAGAAAUUAAUAAAAGGGCAAAUGCAAGUCUUCAAGAGCUGCUUCGUGAUCAUUCCUUUGUUGGAUGUGUUAGUCCUCAAUGGGCACUGGUUCAGCAUCAGACAAAACUUUAUCUUCUGAAUACCACAAAACUCAGUCAAGAAAUGUUCUAUCAGAUCCUUAUUUAUGACUUUGGAAAUUUUGGAGUUUUAAGAUUAUCAGAAGCAGCUCCUCUCUUUGAUCUGGCUAUGUUGGCCUUGGAGAAUGCUGAAAGUGGUUGGACAGAAGAAGAUGGUCCAAAGGAAGGCCUUGCUGAAUAUAUUGUUGACUUCCUAUCAAAGAAGAGUGAAAUGCUAAAAGACUAUUUCUCCCUUGAAAUUGAUGCGGGAAAUCUUACUGGACUGCCGCUUCUGAUAGAUAAUUAUGUUCCUCCACUGGAAGGGCUACCUAUGUUUAUCCUUCGUUUGGCCACAGAGGUAAACUGGGAUGAAGAAAAGCAGUGUUUUGAUAGUCUUAGUAAAGAAUGUGCCAUGUUCUACUCUAUUAGAAAGCAGUAUAUAUUGGAAGAGUCUGAUCUCACUUUUCAACAGGUUGAAGAAUCUGGAAAAUGUCUGAGAUCAUGGAAAUGGACAGUGGAACAUACACUCUACAAAGCUUUUCGGUCAUACCUUUUACCUCCUGCAAAUUUUAGAGAAGAUGGCAAUGUUUUACAACUUGCUAAUCUACCUGACUUGUACAAAGUUUUUGAGAGAUGCUAAAUACAAAUAUUUAAUCUAGAAUUAUUUAAUAUAUUUUCUUUCUCAUCAUUAUAAUCUUUAAUCAGUUAUUGAAUAUUACUGCAUAAAUAUCUGCAUAAAAAUGGCUAUUGUAUGGUUAGAAAACUAAUCCACUGUUGUUCAACGUUUUACAAUAUCCACAUAUUGUACAGUGAGCAAAUAAAGAAAACUUAAUUAAACUCACAGAUUUCUGU